UACUGAUUCGCAGGAGAAAAUGCAACCCUUGGACUGCCAGAGACAGGACUUGCUAUCAUUCCUGGAGCCGGGGGCACACAGCGUCUUCCAAGGAUCAUCGGAAGGUCCAGAGCGAAGGAGCUGAUAUUCACAGGCCGCAGAUGCGACGCAACUGAAGCUGUCUUGAUGGGACUGGCAAACUACCGCGUUCCAGCAGGGGAGGCCUACGGCAAGGCUCUUGAACUCGCCCGUGAGAUGACGAAGAAAGGCCCUCUGGGGGUAAGAAUGGCGAAGAAGGCCAUCGACCGAGGGAUGGAGGUAGCAGACAUGCGCUCCGCGUUGGCAGUCGAGGGGGAAUGCUACGAGCAGCUGCUGCACACGCAGGACCGCCUCGAGGGCCUGGCUGCAUUCGCCGAGAAGAGGAAGCCCGUGUACACUGGAGCGUAAUCAGCGCCCGAUGUGUACACAGGAGAGCAGUGUUGAUGUGCCGUGACAAGAACAAGAUCGUCUCCUGGACUCCUGCCACUCCGCGUGGUGACGCCAAAGGGAAUGAUGUUUCGGGGUUGAAUAUUUUACCGUGGGCCUGGUUGGUUGUUCCGUUCUUCAUCUUGGCCGGACCGGGCCGCCGGGCCAAUGCGACGGGCCUCUCUUCUUCUCUUGUCCCCGCAUCUGCGUGCCAUCUUAUCGGCGGCGUACGCGCAUUUCCGGAGACCGGCCGGCGGCGCGCACGGCGUCGUUUCCGGCUGGUCACGUCCCCAGCGCCCUAUGUCUCACGCGACAGCGACAGCGGAUGAGUCGGUGGAAUUUGGCCGUCUCCUCACGGGCGUGCUACUGACCUGCCACGAGAGCAAUGUCUAUCCAAGCGCGACGGUUGCUGACGCUGCCUCUGCUCUUUCCUCCGCCCGGCACCAGUCUCCCACUCUCGCCCGACUCUCCACUAUGCGCAGCCUCGGGGGCCUCCGCGCCGUCUCCGGCCACCUCGCGGCGGCGAGCGGCGCCUCCUCGUCUCCCCACUGCGUCCUCUUCGCCCGUGCCCUCCAGAUCCUCGCCCAGCCGGAGCCCGUUCGCCUCCACAAGCUCUCGGCGCCCGACUCCGGGAUCGUGGAGCUGAGGCUUGAGCGGCCGGAGGCCAGGAACGCCAUCGGGAAGGAGAUGCUCAAGGGGCUGCGGAGCGCCAUGGACAAGGUGGGGGCCGACCCGACGGCCAACGUUGUACUGGUAGCGAGCUCCGUGCCCAAGGUCUUCUGCGCGGGCGCUGACCUCAAGGAAAGGAGGUUAAUGGGCCCUUCUGAAGUCCGGGAAUUUGUUAAUACCUUGAGAGCUACAUUCUCAUCCUUUGAGGCACUCCCCAUUCCUACAAUAGCUGUUGUUGAAGGAGCUGCUUUUGGCGGUGGACUAGAGUUGGCUCUUUCAUGUGAUCUUCGUAUAUGUGGGGAGAGUGCAACAUUCAGCUUGCCAGAAACCGGCCUUGCUAUUAUUCCUGGAGCUGGAGGGACACAGCGUCUUCCAAGGAUUGUUGGAAGGGCCAGAGCAAAGGAAUUGAUAUUCACUGGCCGUAGAUUUGAUGCGACAGAAGCUGUAAAUAUGGGAGUAGUGAACUACUGUGUUCCUGGUGGUGAGGCUUAUCAAAAGGCUCUUGAACUUGCCCGGGAGAUAAAUCAGAAAGGUCCGUUAGCGAUAAGGAUGGCGAAGAAGGCCAUCAAUGAAGGGAUGGAGGUAGACCUGUCCUCUGCGUUGGCUGUCGAAGAAGGGUGCUACGAGCAAGUUCUGCACACUCAGGAUCGCCUCGAAGGUCUAGCUGCAUUUGCCGAGAAAAGAAAACCUUUGUACACAGGAAAGUGAGGCCGUACUGAAGUCGACCCUCUUGGCCUCUUAUCUGCUGAUAUCCAGAAGGUUCGCAAGGUGUAUGCACAUUCCUUCAUUGCACUGUGAAUUCCAGAUAACAAAAUGCGUCUGGGAUGCUACAUUAUUUGCAGAUGUAUCAUGGAUGUGCUACAUCUUCAUCGUGUCAUGAUCGCCUAAAACUGAAAUGAACCGCACCCCUGUAACUGUUUCGCAGUACAGCUAGCACGCGGUUUUGUUUUAUCAUUGCAAUUUUCUUGGAUAAUCCAGGCUUGGGUACAAGAUAGACUGGACUUCGGAGUUUGCUGGCUGUACCUUUUCUUUCAUAGUGGUCUCUGCAUCUGAA